CAACACCGUCAUCAUCAUCUUCGUUUGAUUGUAUGAACAUCUGUAUUUCACUUGUAGAACAAUAUUACAAUUUAUGUUUAUAUCAAGAAAAGAAAAGUUGGAUAAAGAUUAUUCAAAAAAGUUGAUCUAUUUUUUUCUUUCUCAUUCUCCCUGUCUCCCUCUCCCGCCUCUUUCUCUCAAAAGAAAAACAAAAAAAACCAUCAUGUACAUCAUACAAAAAAAGAAACUUGGUUUCUAAAUUUGAUUCAACGAAUUUGGUUAGCAACAAAAUUUCAUCUUGUUAACGAUAAAUUACACACACACAUAUAUAUAUGGAUGAAUGACUUUAAUUAGAAUACUAUAGACAAUAGUAUAUAACUACAAAGGUUCAUUGUAUAAUCUACAUGAAUGUAUACAAGAUAAAUAGAUCAACUGGAAGACUAUAAUCAUCUAAUAAUUGUUUAUUCUCAAAUGAUAAUCACUUAUAUUAUACAUUCUAUUAUAUUCUAUCUUGGAUUUAAUUUGAUCCAUCCAUUUGGAAUAAAGAUUUCAGUAUGUAGUAUCAAUUCAGGAAGUUGGGUUUUUGAUUUAUUAAUGUUAAGUCAUUUGAAAAAGUUGAAUUCACCUUCAUAUAUGAAUAUGAAACCGAUGUAUCAUCUAACAAAUUCACUUGACUACAAUAAUAUAAUCAAUCCUUCAAAUUGGAUAGAUUCAUCAGAUUAUAAAUCAAAUCAAAUGAGUAACUCUGAAAUCAUCUAUUUAAAUCAAAAGGAGAAUAUUUUACAUCCUUCAUCCUAUCAUAAUGAAUUGAAUCAAUUAGUUACUAGUCAAUCUUAUCUUACAAAAGAUAAUGAUUUAUCAAUACAUGAAACAGGUAUAUGUCAUAUAUUAUCUGGUUUAACUAAUCGUCAACGUUAUAUUUGUUUACAACAUACUGGUUUAAUAUGGGCAAUGCUUGAAGGUACACAUUUAAGUAUGAAUGAAUGUAUACAUCAAUUUAAACAUGAACAAUGGAAUUGUUCUGCAGUUAAUUUAUUAUAUCGUACUCAUAAAAAAUCAUCAAAUUUACCAUUAAUUCAUGGAUUAGAAGGAAUUUUACAACGUGGAUCCAGAGAAACUGCAUUUCUCUCAUCAUCAUGGUCAGCUGGUGUUGUCCAAGCAAUAACACGAGCAUGUAGUCGAGGUCAAAUGGGAACAUGCGAUUGUGAUCCACAUCGACGUGAAGGUCAAGGUAGAGAUGCUGAAGGAAUUUUCACUUGGGGUGGAUGUAGUGAUCCUAUACGAUUUGGUAUGCGUUUAGCACGUUUAUUUUUAGAUGCAAAUGAUGAAGAACAUCGUAAUGCUGCAGUACAAAGAGAACAAGAACUUCAUGAACAAAAAAUUCAAUUAUUAUCAUCAAUGAGACUUAAUAAUCAAAAUAAACAAAAUACAAGAAAACUACAAAGAAUCCAUAGAUUUCAACGUUCAUUUAAUAAUAGUACAUCUGAUCAACAUUUCAAACCAAACGUUACAGAAAAUGUUAAAAAUUUAAUAAAACCAAUGAAUAAAUCCAAUACAAUCCUUUCACAUAGAGAACUUCAAAUGGAGACAUUACAAAUUAUUCAAACUAAAGCCAGAACAUUAAUGAAUUUACAUAAUAAAAAAGCUGGAAGACGAUUAAUAUGGAAAAAUCGUGUAACAAAAUGUAAAUGUCAUGGUGUCAGUGGAGCUUGUUCAAUGCGAACAUGUUGGCAACGUGUUAAUGAGUUUCGUCAUGUUGGUAUAAUGUUGAAAGCAGCAUAUGAUUCAGCUAUACGUGUAACAUAUGAACCAAGAAUAGAUAUGCUCAAACGAAUUAAUACGAGAAUAAAUUCUAAUAAUUAUGAUAAACCAAAUCAAAAUAACUAUUAUAUGACUAGAAGAAAUCUUCCAGUUCUAUCAGCAAAUCAUAAUCAAGAUUCAAAGAAUUGGUUAGUAUUAAUUAAAAGUCAUAAUAAUAACAUAUCUAAACAUGAUCAAAAUGAUUUCUCAAACAAUGAACAAUUUCAGCGUAGAUGGCCUCGUAUGGUGAUGAUCAAAUCAAAAGUGAUACCAAAGAAUCAAUUAGUUUAUUUAGAAGAAUCACCUAAUUAUUGUUAUUUUGAUGAAACUAUAGGUCAUUUAGGUAUUGCUGGAAGACAAUGUAAUGCCACGUCAAAAGAUGCUGUUAAUUCAUGUACACGUUUAUGUUGUGAUCGAGGUUAUGAUACAUUAGAAUUGGAACGUGAACAAAAAUGUGAAUGUAAAUUUUUUUGGUGCUGUGAAGUUCGAUGUAAUAUAUGCCGUGAUAGAACAACUUUACAUCAUUGUAAACAUUGA